GGAUCUGUUGCAAUAGCUGGUGCUGUUGUUCGUUGGCUGAGGGACAAUCUAGGUAUCGUUAAGACUUCACAGGAAGUUGAAAAACUGGCUGCAGAAGUGGGGACUUCUUAUGGCUGCUACUUUGUGCCAGCAUUUUCAGGACUGUAUGCACCAUACUGGGAACCCAGUGCAAGGGGUAUUAUCUGUGGCCUUACUCAGUUUACAAAUAAAAACCACAUCGCCUUUGCUGCAUUAGAAGCGGUCUGCUUUCAAACACGAGAGAUUUUAGAUGCCAUAAACAAGGACUGUGGGAUACCACUAAAUCAGUUACAAGUAGACGGAGGAAUGACCAAUAACAAAGUCCUCAUGCAACUCCAAUCAGACAUUCUCUGUAUUCCAGUAGUAAAGCCAUCAAUGCCUGAAACAACAGCUCUAGGAGCUGCUAUGGCAGCAGGAGCUGCAGAAGGAGUUGGAAUUUGGAGUCUGAAUCCUGGAGAUUUGACAGCAGUGACAUGUGAACGAUUUGAACCACAGAUCAACCCAGAGGAAAGUGAAUUUCGCUAUGCCAGAUGGAAGAAAGCUGUGAUGAAAUCUAUGGGCUGGGAGACAUCUGAAGCUCCUCCAAAUGGUACUGGUAAAUGAGACUACUUAGUGGACUCUCUGGAUGCAGCUGAUUUUUUUUGUUUUGUUUUGUUGUCUGAAGAGAUUCCACCACCAAUGUGAUUAUACUACUUGUGUGACUAAAUCCAUUCAU